UUUAUUCUAGGACAUAUUGAGAGAUCAUCUACAAGAAUUGAAGGGGAAGAAUUGAACAUGGAGAUGCGGAUGACAUUUGUGUGGGGAAGGAGCUCGGAAAGCCCGGAGAUGUACGUGUUUAAUCUGGUUUCGGUGUUUGUGUUAUCGUUGCUGGUGGAAUGCCUGUCUCACACGAGGUUUGUUAGUUCAGAAACAGAUAACAUUGUUGCUGGGCUCGUACAGACAGGGCUGUAUGGGGCACGGAUAACGAUGGCUUACCUAGUCAUGUUGGCCGUGAUGUCUUUCAACGUCGGUGUCUUGCUCGUGGCGGUUGCGGGGUACACCCUGGGAUUCUUGGUGUUUGGUAGUCGGGUGUUUGAUCGGUCGGAGUAUCAAAAGGCCUCUGAUCUUCCUCCUCUCACUUGUUAAUCCGAUUUCAUUUUGAGUCACAAGAAAAACUCGUAAUUACUAUUAAAAAAUGUGUGAUGGGUAAAUCUGUCUUUAUUAGCCCGUCACUGCUUUCUUGCACCCACUACGGCCAUCAAUUUUUAUUGUGUAAAUUAUGUUUGAAGAAUUAUAUAUAGUCUUUGUAAUUAAUGGAAUAUUUUCAAGAUUUUCAUUUC